AGGUCAUCAUUUGUUUGCUCAUAACAUUGCUUCUAGAUGUAAAAUCUUUGUGUGCGUGUUCGUGAAACAGGAACGACACGACCAGACAAACGAACUAUCAGCAAUCUCAUGUUCCAGUAAUCUAACCUUCGCGGAAUACAGCGCAAGUAACUCCUGGAGCAUCAUGGCGAGCAGAUCAACAUUGACUGUACUUCUGUUAUUCGUUGUGUUUAUUUCCAAAUCGUACGGUUGGCCUACGUAUUGUGAGCCCGAUGUCUAUUACUUCGAGGAUAUUCAAACCCAUCUCCAAUCGAUCGCCCCCAAAUAUGGUGUGCCCUACUCGGGUGAGAAAGAAGACACCUCCCCAACAGUGCAACGCUUACUGGAACGUUUCAAUCGUGAUCGUGCUAAGUAUACGUCUCUGAAAGAGUCCACCGAAAAGUACGCGGCUGAUAAAAUGAACCACUAUAAAGUAAUCCCAUCCAUGACGGGAAGUGCCAGUGAGGUAGAUGAUCUCAAGGAAAUAUUCCGCAUGCUGGACGAAAAAUAUGUUGACGACUUGACGGAGGUGGAACAAUAUCAAAAAGAGUACGUGGAAAAAGAGCAGGAGCUAAACAUAGCGACGCAACAGAUACAAACACUGAAUGAUACCAUCGUUGAGUUGGAGAAAAUGAUCAAUGAACGAAACAUUACUUUGUCGAAGACACGUGAAAUACAAGCCAAUCUCCAGAAAACCAUCAAGGAUCGUGGGCUUCAAUAGUGUGUCUCGAUGAAAAACGCGGAAGACACAGUUAACAGAAGUCUCCACGAGUUUUCCGUUUUCCCUGUUAAUGUGUAAAAUGAAAAUUUUAAUGUUGUGUAAAAAAACUUAAUCACAAGUAUCGUAUUUAUCAUUAACUCUGUUUAAUUCGCAUGGCAAGUAGCAUAAAAGUUAUUAAUUUAGCAAUUCAAUUACUCAAUCAUCUCAUAGGCAAAUUGUUACCGAAUAAAGCAUUUCA